AUGGAGAGUGAAAACGAAGCAAACCGCUUUGAAAAUGACUCCGAUUCUUCAAAUGAGAGUUUCUUCUCAGCAUCUGAAGACCUAUCUGCGUAUGAUGACAGUGUUGAACCGCUUGAAGAGUUGACAGAGAACGAAAGAACAGUAACUAAAGAGGAAGAGGACGAGAACAUGAUGCUGACUCAUGACGAAAUAAUCGCUUUGAAAGACAGCCUUACGGCAGCAAACACAAAGAAAAGUACCGCGUCAUCUGUUCGCCGUUUCCAGUCAUGGUACCAACAAAAAUAUGGUUGUUAUGUGGWUAUGAAUCAAAUAAGUAAAGAUGAURCACCUUACCUCCUAAAGCACUUCUUUCUUKAGAUAAGGCAAACCACAAAAGGCAACGAAGGGAAAGAAUACGAGCCAGGGACGCUUCAAACUUACAGAAAUGGGCUGCGAAGAUACUUCCUCRAAAGACCAUGUCCGCCAGCGCCCGACAACUUUGACAUAGAARAAACCCCAGGUGUCGAAUUUGAAGAGAUUUCAAGCAUCUUGUCACUGAAGAAAAAARAUUUGAAGAAAAAAGGUUUUGGCAAUAAACCUAAUGCAGCUCAGUCUUUAGAAGAUGAAGAAAUAGAGCAAAUGUGGUCGUCCGGAGCCAUUGGUCUCAGCAACCCAAAGUCCUUGUUGAAUCUUGUAUGGUGGAACAACAUGAUGCACUUAGGAAUGAGAGGAGUAAAGGAGCAUUAUGACUGCCACAUCGAUGACUUCGAAGUAACGGAACAGUACAUCCAAUACAGUGAGCGACAAACCAAGAAUCGCCAGGGCGAUNGUUUCUGA